AUGAGCAGCAACGAGGUAUAUUUUUACUUCUGCCACAACUGCAACAGCCAACGGGCUCCCAACGAAGUUUUACCAUGCUAUAAUGGAGAUUUUAGGUGUCUAGUCUGCAACAAUGAAGGUUUCGUAGAGAAGAUAUCGGCCCCAAGUCGUCCCAGUCCGACCGUUACGAUCCACACGUUUGGGGGUCCUUCACCUGGGGGCGGGUUCCAGACAGCCACUGGGCAAUCAUUUGGUGGCACCAACGAUCCCUUUUCCUCCGCAUUGGGCAUGCCUCUGAGCAACUUUAUCCAAGGAGUAUUCCAGGGUGUUGUGGGCCCUAUGCAUCAGAAUGCGACAUUCACGUUUCGCAGUAAUAUGACCGGUUCUCCCGGUGUCUCUGUUAUGGGAUCCACAAUGGGUGGUCCAACCGUUGAAGGACCAUCUUUCCGUCAGGCCACUGGCGCUGUUUACGGCGAUGCUUUCGAGGGUACGCCACAACAGCUUUUCCGAGUUUUCCUACAAAAUCCAUUUGACGUUCAAGCUAUGAACCAAAUUUUGUAUUACGUCAUGGAAAAUGACCCUAAUCGUCAAGGUUCGCCACCAGCCGCUAAGCGUGUCUUGGAGACUCUGGAAGUAGAGACGCUUGACGAGGAGCAAGCUAAGCAGCUUGGCACUUGUGCUAUUUGUACGGAGGACUUCGCUGCAGGUGAUCGCAUUAACUGGCUUUGCAAGGACCGUAAGGUUUGCGGCCACGGUUUCCACGUUGAUUGCAUUGUGCCUUGGUUGAAGCAGCACAAUUCUUGCCCCGUGUGCCGGUAUGAGCUUCCCACAGACGACGAGGACUACAACCGUCAGCGAGAGGAGUUACGAUCACGUUUGGUACAAGAAGUACAACGUCACGUAGAAACCAGUUCACAACCCAACAGCGACCAACCAAUGCCAGAAGCUGGUAGCCCUGGAAAUGCAGGAUCACAAUCCGCCCAGCAGGAACGCCCGAGUACCGGAAGCGGUGGACAGACGACGCGUGACAAUUACUGCCAUGUACAGUGA